AAGCAUGCAUGCAACUUCGUAUUCAAAUCCUCCAACGGAAGUUGGCUGUCCCAUUCCAAACAUACCUCAUGCUAUAUCUGUAGCAUUACCAACUUGGCAAGAUAAUGUAGACUACGAAGAAGGUCGUGAGAGAGUAGUAAGCCGAAUGUUGACAGGGUAUCCAAGGUUUUUUAUUAAUAAACAAGUCGAAAAGUUAAAUUCGAUAUGUGAUCAAAAAUUUGCGAAACCAUCCGAAACAUGUUUACUCUUUCCUAGUCGCAAAACUGCUGAGUGUUGUCGAGAUUACUUACGUAGAUAUUAUGAGCCUAGUAAGCCUACUAGUUUUCGUCUAGCCGAAAUCACAAUUGUGACAUCAGAUCGAAGCAAACAAUCAAUUCUAGGUAAUGUCACAUUAUAUGUGCUUCUUUUUCCAAAAGAAGCAUUUUCAGUGGCAAAGACCUUUUGGCAACAUACGGGAAAUGGUAUUAGUUCUCGUUUGGCCGAAUAUGUACUUUAUAUGCUGCAAACGAAGUGCGAUGAAAAGUACACAGAAAAUAUUUAUAGAGAUUCCACAAAAAGAGCUUCAUUUUGUAAAAGAUAUUUCAGUAGACAAACAUCAAGCGGCUGGAAUGUGGCUUGUGAAUCUAAGGGGAAUUUAUCCACCGAUACUAUGUCGACCAGCAACUCUAUUAUUGCUGAACAGAACUUUUAUGUUGAAGAGCGUUAUGGUCGUAAUUUACCUACAUCAUUUAUUGAAAAAGCAAAAUUUGAACUUAGACGAAGAAUUGCUAGCAGCCUUAGAGUCGAAGAAAGUAAGGAUGUAGUAAGAGGAGUAACAGAAGAAGACGUUUUUCUUUUCCCAGGUGGAAUGAGCUCAAUCUUUCAUGCGCACCAAUUUUUGCUGAAAGCAUUUUCUCCGAGAAAGAGUAUCUGUUUUGGAUUUGCAUAUGUUGAUACUUUAAAAAUUUUGCAAAAGUUUGGACCUGGGUACCAUUUUUAUGGAAAUGGAAUAUCAUCAGAAAUAGAUGAGAUCGAAAAUCUUCUUGAAUCAGGAGAAAAGGUUUUAGCACUAUUUUGUGAAUUUCCGAGUAAUCCAUUAUGUAAAUCACCAGAUCUGAAACGUCUUAGAAUUCUUGCGGACAAGUAUGAUUUUCCAAUUGUAAUAGAUGAUACGAUCGGAAAUUAUGUCAAUGUUAAAGUUUUCGAGUGGGCAGAUAUUAUAGUAUCAAGCUUAACCAAAAUUUUUAGUGGGGAUAGUAAUGUCAUGGGAGGAGGAUUGGUCCUGAAUCCUCAAAGACGCUAUUAUGAAAAGCUGAAAAAAGUCAUAAAUAAUGAAUAUGAAGACAUUCUUUGGGGGGAAGAUGCAAUCUUUCUUGAGCGUAACUCUAGAACUUUCAGAGAACGUAUCAUGAAAAUCGACAAAACUACGGAGGAAAUAUGUGAAUUAUUUAUAAAUAGCCCUAAAGUUAAAAAAGUAUAUUAUCCAAAAUAUAUUACACCGGACAUUUACCUUCAAUAUAAGACAGCUGAAGGUGGAUUUGGUGGAUUAUUUUCAGUUACUUUCCAUUCAGAUCUUGCGUCUCAACAAUUUUUUGAUUCACUUGAAGUCGCGAAAGGACCAUCACUUGGUACUAAUUUCACUUUAGCAUGUCCUUAUACAAUUUUAGCACAUUAUGCUGAAUUAGAUUGGGUAUCAAGUUACGGUAUUGAACCAGGUCUCGUUCGAGUGAGCAUAGGCUUAGAAGAUAAAAAUGUUUUGUUAAAAAAAUUUCAAUAUAGUCUGGAUGCAAUUACUGAGUGA